AUGGUAGGUCGUGCGCCGAAGAAGCAACGGACGAAAGCGAGUGACCAGACUCUCCAUCUGCAAGAACCACGAGUUUCACCCAACACGAUUUUGAAUCAGUCAGGCACGGAAAGCAUUUCUUCCCCACCCCCGGUGGUCAACUUGCCCGUGACAGGGCAUCCCCCUCUCAUAGUCAAUAAUGCAAUGGGAGGUGGCCCUAUCUUCACUAUGGGGGAGUCUACCGCCAUAUCUACCGAUACGGAGAUCGACAGUUAUUUGCAGACCCUGUUAAGUGAUUACCCGGACCUACCGCUCGUUUCGCCCGGCGCGAUCGAUGGUUUCUGGCCGACAACAGAAAACUUACUACUCGAUCCGCGUCCAGGAAUAUCCAGUUCCGAGGGCACAUCUACAGCAUCCGGCCCGCGGCCAGCAUCGUUGCCUAUCUCGCACACGUUGGGGCUGCCCGAUAAGAACCGGCAGGGGUUCCCCAUCCAGCAGCCGACAGCGGAUUCUGUGCGGUCCCGAUUGGCGGAACGGAUCGACGCGAGAGUUCCCCCAAGCUAUCGCGAUCCGUCAGUGGUGUCGGAUUACCCGCAUGUCGCCGCCCUGAUGAAGAUCAUCGAGUACUUAGAAGAGCAGCUCCAGAUCCCCAGGGUCCCAAUCGACCAAGCGAUGCGCUUGAACCGACAAGCGAUGGCCAAGGUACGGGAGGUGACCGACACUGACGAAUUUCGACGCUGCCAGAGUUGUCCACUACUAGUGGCGACCGUUAUGGAUCUGGUUGUAGGGCUCUAUGAGCUCGUAAUCCUCUGCAUCCAGCACCCCGCGGGUGAAGGCGACGCCACCUCCUUGGCCGAUCAUAAUAAUCCGCCCUCGCGGCACAAUCCCUCUCAGAAGCCGGCUGACCCGGGUGAGAUGCCGAGUGAUGGGUCAAGUCCCGAAUCGGCUAUCAGCAGCGGUUCAGAGCCCCCGGUUUUCCAAUUUGGAUGCCUUGAGUUCGAUCCGGAUGAACAAGAGAUCUUCCGGGCUGCGAUGGUGCGGCGUGAUUUGCGACGGUGCGUCGAAACCAUCCAGUACUGCACUCAAGAGAUUAUUCAACGACAGAGCCAGGCCACAAAUUUGCGCGGUGGGCCUCUCGGUGGAGUCUUGCAAUCGAGAGGGCCAUCAAAUAAUGUACACACUCAGUGGUACCAGGAGAUGGGAUACCGGGCUAGGGACCUGCUGGCCGCUCUUCCCGCCCAGUGCAGCCACCGAUGA